AAAGUCGCCAAAUUGCUUGGAAUCACCUGCGAAUCUAUGCAGCCACAGUAUGUAAAUUACACACAAUGCAAAAUUGAGCAAGUGAGUCGAGACGUUUAUGAAGUGACCAUAGCGAUUGCAUUGCACCUUGGGCCAGUAAAUAAUAUAACGCUUUCAAGCAGCGUUGUGAAGCGCGGCUAUGAGGACCGUCAACCCAUGGUGGAUUACAAAAUCGAUUGGUGUGCAUUUUUUCAUAGUAAACGUCGGAAUAUCUUGGCCAAAUUUUUUUAUAGUAAUAUGGGGCUCGAACGGUACAGUAAUAUGAAUCACAGCUGUCCAUAUGAUCACGAUUUGCUUCUUGAUCACUAUCCAUUUGAUGGCAAAGCGAUGGGCAAAGUGCUGCCAUUUGGCAAUGGUAUAUUCACUUUCAUCACAAAAUGGUACGCUUAUAAUAUAUUGAGGGCUAUGGUUAAUAUACGUUUUCAAACAUUUGAAAGCUAAGCAAAAAUUUAUUAUUAAAUUUCAUAGAAAAAAAUGUCACUUAUUGUUUAACCUUUAACUACUGAGGUGAAAUAAUUGGACGUAGUUACUGAGGUGAGGGUAAAUUUUACCCCUUUAUAAUCUAUAAAUAA